CUAUGUAUUGUCCGAUUGGUGUUAGCGGAGGACGGUGGUAGUGGUGGUGGUUGUGGUGCCGACAAGUGAUAUAAUCGUCGACCGUCGUCGUUCUUCCUUUUAUUCUUUUUUAUGCCCGUUGUCGUACUCGCAUGUUAACGCGCUUCGUUUUACAAGAACAUUUUAUUUUUAUUGUUUAUUUUUUGUUUUUGUUUGAAUCUUUUAAAUUUCAUAAAGUCACUAUCUGUGAGUUCGAUUUUUCGCACUAUCGUUGAAACGCGCACGUACGUCAUACACAUUAUUAUUAUCAUUAUCGUUGUGUUGUGUCACUUCGCUGUGCUCAAACGGACUACGUACCGGAGAUACCCAGUGGCGUUAUUUUCAAGCUAAGUUUUGCCAAUAAUUGUAAAUCUUUUUGAGUGUCUUGGGAUCGUCAUUACACGUGGUGUGUGUUCUAUUGAGUUCACUUCCAUACCAUCGUAGUAGUAUGAACGUCGCGCGGGUCAUAUCGCUAUGCUCAACGAGUGCGUGAACGGGUGAGCACCUGUUAUCAUAUUGUGAAUAUCUGCUGUACAAUUAUCGUUAUACAAGUAAACUAAGUAUAGUGAAUAGUAAUAUUCAGGAGGUUAACACGAUUCCAAAUUCGUAGUGUCUCAACAUUUAUUCCACAUGUGACAUAUGGAGAAGUUUUCAGAUAAAACUUAUACAAAAUGUUGAACGAGUCAAAUGUAGUGUCUGUCAUGAUGUUGACAUCGUCCUUCUACAUACACUAUAUACACUACCUCACAAACUUGUUUGUUCAAUACAUUUAGACAUAUAUUUAUUGUACUAUGAUAAUGGACACUACGUCGACUGCAAAUAUUGCACAGCAGCAGUCGCCUGCUUAUGGACUCAUGAAACGAGGGAAACGUGGUGCAGCCGCACUCAUUGCAGCUGAUUGUUGUAAUGCUGCAGUUGAUGCGGCUUCCACUCAACAACAGCAAGAUGAUGGUAGCGGUGAUGCAGCUGCAGCUGAUUCUGCUCUAACCCGUUGUAAAUUACUAGAUGAUAUGCUAGAUGUGCUGCUUAAUCCAUACGAUGCAAUUGGCGAGUGGAAUAAUUUGGAUUGGUUACGUUGGUUAAUGGCUGGCGGAAAAACUCUAGAUGAAUUUAGCAGUGCAGUCAAAGUAUAUGACUAUGGUACGUGUUGUGGCCUCGUUUGGACAGCCAACUAUGUAGCAUAUAGAUGUCGUACAUGCAGUAUAUCGCCUUGUAUGUCUUUGUGUGGAGAUUGUUUUAAGCGUGGUGAUCAUACAGGUCAUGAUUUCAAUAUGUUUCGUUCUCAAGCAGGAGGGGCAUGUGAUUGUGGAGACACGAGUGUAAUGAAGCCUGAUGGGUUUUGUCGCAAACAUAGUAGUACAAAUAAUAUUGACGGUACUAGUACUAGCAGUAAUAGUAGUUGUAAACAACCUCCAGCUGAUUUAUUGAGGGUUGCUGAGAGAAUAAUGCCAAGACUUUUGUUGCGACUUGUGCAAUAUUUACGUGAAAACAGUAAAAUUGCCGAUUCUAGAACAAGCAAUACACAUGUACCACCAGGAGGUGUUACAGGUGCUGGUGCUGGAAUGACAAAUCAGCAACAAAAUUUAUUACUUAUAGACUUGGACCCAUUUUUGGGUAUGUUACAUGACCUUGGUGCCCUUGGAGCUGCUAUGCGACGUGUUAUGACUGUAUCUCUAACCAAUGAAAGAAUAUACCGAUGGGCAUGUGAUUACUAUAGUAGUACUGGUAAUUUUGGCAGCGAUUCUAAUAUACAGCAACAGCAGCAGCAGCAACAACAGACUAUUUAUACUAUAUACACAGAUAAAGUGCGUCGCUAUUAUGCCGAAGCUAUACAUCAAUACACUACUUCAACAUCGUCAUCAUCAAGCAAUCGUCGACGACGUCGUAGUAACACAAGAAUUGAAGAUGGUGUACAUGGCAGUAAUAGUGUUAGUAAUUCUGAAGACGACAAUGACUAUGAUGAUGAUGAAUUUGGACAAGAUGAUUGGCUCGUUGACGGUCAGAAUAGUAGUGGACAAAAAAACAAACUGAAUCAUUCAAGUUUUUUGCAAGAGAUUGUGUUUUGGACUGUUCGAUAUGAGUUUCCUCAAAAGAUGGUAUGUUUUCUGUUGAAUAUGUUGCCUGAUGCAGCAUAUAAGGAAGCAUUGACUGAAGCAUUUGUUAUGCAUUAUGGAUGUGUGGCACGUGUAUUAGCAACAACGCGAGACUCAGAUACCCUUUCUAAUCAUAUUGUUCAUAUCAGCGUUCAAUUGUUUAGUAAUGAAGCAUUAGCUUUGCGGAUGGUUGACAAAUUAGGAUUACUCGGAAUAAUGGUAUCAAGCUUAAGGCGUAUGAUGACAAAAAUAUUGAUACCUUCAACAUUACAUGAUCCUUCGAAAAAUAAACACAGGGUUGUAGAUUGUUCAAAGGCUGUUAUGAAAGAACAUUGUUAUUGGCCACUGGUUAGCGAUCUAAACAAUGUAUUAUCACAUAGGCCAAUUGCAGUUAAAUUUAUGUGUGAUGAUCGUCUAUUGGAUUCAUGGUUUUCAUAUUUAUCAAUGUUUCAAGGAAUGAAUGUUAAUUGCCGAGAGUUGGGACAUCAUGUUGAAUUUGAACCAAACACCUAUUAUGCUGCUUUUAGUGCUGAACUUGAAGCUAGUGCAUAUCCAAUGUGGGCCAUGUUAUCGCAUCUAACAUCUACCGAAACUUUGCCACUAUCCUACCGCGUGUUACGCGCUUGUCUUAAACGCCUACGCAAAUGGCUUGUAGAUGUAGGUUAUUAUAAUCAAGACCAGAGUUAUAAUUGUGAUAGUAUUGCCUCCUCUUCUAAUAACUCCAAUGCAAGUACUUCCACAAAUUUAGUUCAACGAUUAGAUGAUCGCCAUCAGUUCACUUUUCACCUGCCUUUACACCGGUAUUUAGCAGUAUUUUUGUGUCAAGCUGUGCGUGCUCAAAGUGCUCGUAUAGAAGACAUUAUACCACGAAGCAAUAAAGAUGAUUCAGCUGAUAGAGACUCAUUGUUAACGGCAAUUGCUUCACAUCCUGUACGUGCUCAAUCAGCAUUCUACGAAAUCAUGCAGGGUGCAUGGGUGCGUAAUGGCCUACAGAUAAAAGGUCAAGCUAUGACGUAUAUCCAAUCGAAUUUUUGUAUAUCCAUGGUAGAUGCUGACAUAUAUUUACUUCAACUUUGUCUGUCUGAAUUAUCUGAUGCCAAUAUAUUCAUGUCAUUAAUAUUGGAAAAGUUUAAAGUGUAUGAUUGGAUGCAUGUAGUUAAACAUGGAGGAUUACCUCAAGUAAUGGAUUCGGAGGAAUAUGAUGCAGCACCUAGUAUGGAAAGUUUAUUAGUUUUCCUUGCCACUUUAAUAGGUGUUCGUACCAAUUUAUGUUCUGAUGAAGAUUAUGAUUAUUGUCAGUCACAAUUAGAAAUGGUCACUUUAUUAUGUGUUUCUGAUAAAACGCACAGCCAAUUAAUGGAACUAAUGCCUGAACGCUGCGGUGGUAUUCAAACUAGCGCUACAACUACCGCUAGUUCUAUAAGUACCAGUGGUGAUAGUGCAUCUCGAAAUCCUUCCUCCCUUGAUCAAGUAUCUCCACCAUCUAUGCGUGAUUUUGAAACUGUAUUACAAGCUGUGGCUGAGUAUAAAAGACCUCAAUUUGAAGCGUCUGGUAACAUGCAACAAGGAUUGUAUGUGCCUUUACCGCAUGUCUGGAAAAAAUUGUAUGAUCCAGUACAUGUCCUUUUAAGAGCUGUACAUAGACGUGAUUUUCAAUCAUCCAUGGAUCGUUACACAACAUUUAUGCGUUCUAUCGGGGUAUUGAAACAAAAUCAAAAUACUUGGCCACCGUAUAGAAUGCCACAAAAACACCAUCCAGCAUAUCGCAAUCCUUGCAGAGCACUGUUAUCUAAGUUAUUUCAUGCUGUUGUCUGGCAUUGCCUUUAUCGUUCAGCAGUUUAUCGAGAUAUUAGUGAACAUACACUCAGUCUACUGGUUUAUCUCCUUGAUCAGGCGUGGAUAUGUUAUGAUUCUUCCUUUGACAACAAGACAUCUAAUAAUCAACAGCAACCAAUGGAUACAGAUCCACCAACUGAGCAGUCUGAAUCAUCAUCUUCUACAUCAGCUGCUUCAUCUAGAGAACGUUUCUAUGAAAAUCGCACCAUCAAAAAUGGUCCAAAAAGAAAGAUCAAAAUAACUGUAGCAGAUACUAAUAAUUCUGAUAAUGAAGCGGUUAAUGCUAAAGAAACAACACUCUUAUUAUUGAAUCAUUGGUAUGAUCAUGACGAUUUGGCAUACAAUUUGUGUACUACUAUUACACAUGUAGAGUUGCCGCCACCUUACUAUCAUUAUUUUUUUGGUGAAGAAGCAACUAAUGCUACUUCUAAUGUAACGGCUGCUUCAACAAUGGCAACCAAUUUAUUUGACUAUUUUACAUCAUCUGUAGCAGCAGCUACUUCUGUGGCUAGCUCUUCUUCGCCAAUUACUGUUUCUCAUAACUUUGAACCCGGUAACUCACAGCAACAGCCUAAUGUUGUUCCAUCUUUAGCUACAAUAGCUGGUAAUGAAAUACCUCUUGCUGGUGGUUCUUCUAUUCCUACUCGCCCACCUUUUUAUAGUUUAAAUGCUGCAGCAGCUGCUACAUCUUCGACAAUGGCAGAUUCUGCGUUGAAUCGCGUUAAACAACGUUUACAAUUCUUACGCCCUCUACCAAAAACAGAUUCACUUACACAGGAACAACAUCAGUCAUCGUCGUCAUCGUCAUCAUCAUCAGAUAUACCAGUUAUUGAUCUUACUAUACCUGAAUUUCCGUUUGAGGAUAUGAGAAAUACUGAUAAUGAAACAUCGAUAUUGGGAGUUGAUAAAAAUACAGUGAUAGAAGUUGAUGAGCAACAAAAUUCAUUAGUAUGUAUAAAUGAGAGUAUCAUUUCAUUGCUUUUAAAAUUACACUCACAGUUGUCUGGUGAACCAGAUUCAUAUCAGCUGCCUGUACUUUCAUCUCAACCAACCACUUCUAAUAAUUUAAUUGAUGAUGCCAAGAUAAACCAAUCAGCAUCAGAUAAUGAUAAUAGCCAAGAAGAUAUGCCUCCAUGUGGUGAUGGGGCAUUUUUUGUGGGUCGUUUAUUGGAUAGAAUAGCUAAAGGAUCGAAAAAAUGUUAUGAUUGCAUAUUGCGUACUAGAGCAGCUUUAUGGCCAAUAGCAGUGGUUAUGCGAGAAACUGCUUCAAGAGAUGACGAAGAGCGUGAGCGGCGGGAACGGAAGCGCCGAGCCCGUGAUAAGCAACAGCAAAUGAUGGAAGAAAUGGCACGAGCACAACGUGCAUUUCUUGAAAGUGCACGUCGCUCUGGAGAUCUAGAUUCUGCUGAUACACAAUCACAAUCUACCAGUGGCGGCACUUCUUCAAAUAUGGAAUGUGACAUACUAGCUCCCACUGUGGAGUUAUCUACUCCAACUGUUUGUAGUAGUGAAGCCACUACCUCAAUGUUGGCAAAUACUAUAGUUGAAAUAGAUGAAAACAGUAGUAGUAGUAAUAAUAGUACAACAACAACAACAAAAGAAUCGACAACUAAUAUUCCUGGAUCUGAUCAACAUAAAAACAAAUUGACUGUUGAUUGUGUGAUUUGUAAUCAAACUGUGGUAGUACAGAUAGAGCAACAGCAACUAGAUCCAAUAGGAUUAGUAAUAUUGGUUCAAGGUACAAACGUUUUAGCACAUAGAAGGCAUAUUGUUUCACAACCAAUAGUAUCAACAAAUCUAUACAAUAUUAGUAAUAUUAAUGCUACUGAUCAGCAACAACCAUUAGACCCAGAAAAAGCUACUGGUGUCACAAGUAUUAAUAGUGUUGAAAACAGUAGUAUAGUCAACAAUGAACAAAAUUAUUAUCAUUAUUGGCCUGCUUUACCGCCAUUGAAUUCGCAGCAACAUCAUCAACAAUCUUCAUCUGUAGCAAAUGACCCUAAAUCAUUGCAACAACAUAAUCAACCAAUUGUGACAACAAUAGCUGAUAAUUACGAUGCAACUACAUAUGCUUCACAUUCUGAUCGUCGUAAACGACUGAUGUCGCAAUAUUUUAAUAACUUGGAUAAGGCUGAUUUUGAAGUUGGAUCUCUUACUACUACUACUAGUGCUACUCCGAUUGGUGGUAAUGUUCAUGUACAGACCUGUGGUCAUCAUUUACAUUUGAGGUGUUGGAGUUCAUAUCUGGCAUCCUUACGUGGAGCUCAGCGUUUUAAUGCAGACCGUGGAGAAUAUAGUUGUCCACUUUGUCGGCAAUUAGCUAAUUCUUUAAUGCCAUUAAUACCAGAACUUAGUAUUCAUCAAAACCAGCGACAACGGGGCUGUGCCUUUUUAAAUAAUAUUAUUACUGCAAGUGCUAUGUCUGAUGCUGUGAGUAAAUUAACAGAACUAGUAAAACAGCAAGAAUAUGAUUCGCCAAAUCCAGAACAAUCUGGUGAUGCUGUUUGCUGCAGUGAAACAUCAACCUCUGUUUUCAUUGGUGAUACAGAAAACAUUGUUAAUCGACAUCCUUUACAUCAGAAUGUUCACCACCAUCAUUUUAAUGAUGAUGAAUAUUUUCCGGUGGAUGACCUACGUGAUAUUAGUCCUACUAGUGGUGAAGAAGAAAUUGGUGGCAAUGGAGGAGAAAGAGAAGAUUUUGAAUUUGAAGAAGAUCCUUUAUUGAGUGCUGUUAAUAAAUGUGUGAGUGAUAUGAUUACUACAACGGUAGUCACAGCUGCAGCUCAAACUGUAUCAUUGCCACAUACAUUAUUGUCAUCAACUCAACGAGAAAACAUGUACAAAGUAAGAUGGCAUAGUGUUGUAUCUGUGGCUUGGACAAAUAUCCAAGUGGAAUUGGUGCAGCGUAACAACAGUCUUAUAGAACAACUACAGCAAGAUCCAUCUUCAUUGCAUAGUGGUAAUAAUUAUUAUUGUCGACUCAAUUUAUUUUCUACCAGUGCAGUCAAUUCUACAGAUAUUAAUAGUGGCAAUAAUUAUUACAACAUGCUGCCCAAGCGCAAUUGUAUAGCACCAUUGUUAAAAGUAUUGCGUGUAAGCGCUCGAUCGUUGAUGGCCAGAUACCAGACUUCUGAUUAUAGUCCCAUUAGUGAUGUAUGGUAUAAAUUAAUCGGAUGCGAUCAGCCUCGACAACAGUACAGCAAUACUUAUCCACCAUUAAUGAUGCGUGAUCCAUGCUCUGUACUCUUACAACUUGUGCUGUUAUUACCUACUCUAGAUCGUGAUUUGUUUGAUACUUUAAUCAAACUCACCUACAACAUGCAAUUGUAUAUAGCGGCAUUGAAAGUCGCUUCCACAUGGAAUCGUAACUGUAAAUUCAACCAUCAACUUUAUCACCGCCGACGACAUCACAGUAGUCUCAAUACAAGAAAAAUAUCAACAAAAACUGAAGAAAAAACUGAUGAAGGCACUAGUGUUCAAAUGGAUUUAGAUGAUGGACGCAAUAAUAAACUAUCAUCAUUAUCUAUAGAUAUAACCGAAUUCGACAAUAGACUACCAUGUACACCUUUAUUUUCACAAGUUGUAGCUUUGGCCAAAACAAUAGUGUUUUUAUCGGAUGACGAUGAAACUGAAAUAGUCAACAUCAGUUCAAUAGUUAAUAAUGAUAAUGAAUGUAUGAUGCAUCAAGAAGAUGAGAGUGUUGAAAAUGUUGUUAGUAAUGACAAACUUGACAGGUCAAUAGAUGCUUCAGAAAAUGAUGAAGAAAAUAUGUUGCUGCUAGAAUCUUACGGAAGACGAAGUACUUUGCCAUUUUUGCGGUUUGCUGCUCUAUUGAAAAAAUAUAUUAAUGGAGAUGAUGAUGAUAAUCCAGAAGACCACCCAGAGUUCACAAUGUCAUCAUCACAACUUAAUAAUUUGAACGUAGAACAAAGCAAACAAAAAGAACAACUAUUGGAUGGCCAUGCACAUCCUAGUCAUAAUCUUUCACCGCCAUCAGUUGAAGUCAACUAUAACGUCAAUUUUUCAACUCCAAAUGAUCCUCACCAUUAUCAACAUUGGUCAAAAGACGAUUAUGAAUACCUUAUGCUCGCUCGGUAUCUAAAACUGUUAAAUAAUGAAGAAGCCCAUGAAGUCAGUGAUAAUUGUGAAGAUACCUAUAACUAUAGUUGUUCAUACAUGGAAAAUAAUGACGAUCAAAACCAGAACAAUUAUGAAAAAAGACUAAAUAUGCCAUUGCUGCCGCCGUCUGCCAUGGAAGCUGUCAUUUGGCCACAUUGGUCAUAUUCUACCAAUGAAAAAAAUAAUAAAAUUUCAACAACCAUUUCUCGUACUUGGUUUACAAGUUUUCGUGAAUCGUUGACUACCAAAAUACCUAAAGCCACUAUCAUUGGUGAAAAUACUACUACCAUUGUUUCAUCUGCCGCUGCUGAAAUCGACCCAAAUUCUAAAGCCACCACUUCAGCUAAUAUUAUAAUGGCUGCACGUAUGUUGCUUUUUGCUGACUGCUGUGAUAGUGAUGAUACCAAUGCUGGUGUCUUAGACAGUAGCCGCAGCUUAUUCCCACCAAUUAAUUGGACAGGGCCUCGAUUGUUGAAGCUGCCACAUCUGUAUGAUGACGUUUUCCAGUACUAUCAUGGUAGGGCCUGUCAUCGGUGUCAUGGUGUGCCACGAGAGACUAGCGUGUGUUUGGUUUGCGGUACUGUGGUGUGCCUGAAAGAAAAUUGUUGUAAAACAAAUCAUAUUUAUGAAGCAGUACAACACUCGUUGGAAUGUGGCGGUGGUACAGGUAUGUUUUUAGUUGUGACUUCAAGUUCUGUUGUAGUAAUUCGUGGCAAACGGGCUUGUCUUUGGGGAUCUGUUUAUCUGGAUGCAUUUGGUGAAGAAGAUCGAGAACUCAAACGUGGGAAACCAUUAUAUCUAAGUGCAGAACGGUACAGACUGUUGGAACAUCAGUGGUUGGCGCAUAGAUUCGACCACACUAAUAAAAAAUGGGUAUGGCACAGAGAUGCGUUGUAAAUGAUUUUAAAAUCACAGUAAUAACUUUGAUAAUAUACACAAUGUUACUUGAAUUAGUAAUUUUAAUAUUAGUCUAACAAACAACGGCAACUGGUGUCAUUACCAUUUCUUUAACAAUGUUGUGAUAUAUUUUUUAUUCUAAAACCUUAAUGGUAUAUUGUGUUGUAAACAAUUUUUUAUAACUAUUGUUAUUA